AUGGCCAUGACUUUCAGAGCGACUCGACAUGCUACAAAACUGAGCCAGGCGACGCGCCCGCUAUUCUCGGCCCGACGUUAUGCGACCGCCGAAUCCGACUUGAAAACCGCGCUCAAGGGAGUCAUCCCAGCCAAGAGAGAGCUUCUUCAGCAAGUCAAGGCUCAAGGAGACGAAGUUAUCGGUGAUGUCAAGGUUGGAAAUGUCAUUGGUGGUAUGCGUGGUCUCAAGGCGAUGCUGUGGGAAGGUUCCGUCCUCGACGCCGACGAGGGCAUUCGAUUCCAUGGAAAGACGAUCAAAGAUUGCCAAAAUGAAUUGCCCAAGGGAACCACAGGAACUGAAAUGCUUCCAGAGGCUAUGUUCUGGCUGCUUUUAACUGGCCAAGUUCCCUCUACUGCUCAAGUGCGGGCAUUCUCCAAAGAGCUCGCAGAGAAAUCACACCUGCCACCACACAUCUUGGAGUUGAUCAAGACUUUCCCCAAGUCCAUGCACCCGAUGACUCAACUAUCUGUCGCCGUAGCUGCACUUAACACAGAGUCCAAGUUUGCCCAAGCAUACGAGAAGGGCCUCAACAAGGCUGAGUACUGGGAGCCUACUUUUGAUGACUGCAUUUCUCUUCUCGCCAAGAUCCCGCGUGUUGCCGCUCUCGUCUUCCGCCCCCAAGAAAUUGACCUUGUCGGUAACCAGAAGCUCGAUGUUACCCAGGACUGGUCGCACAACUUUGCCGAGCUGCUUGGAAAAGGUGGCGAGGAGAACAAGGAUUUCCAUGAUCUCCUUCGUCUCUACCUCGCACUCCAUGGUGAUCACGAGGGUGGCAACGUUUCCGCCCAUGCGACCCAUCUCGUUGGCAGUGCCUUAAGUGAUCCAUUCCUCAGCUACAGUGCCGGUCUGCUGGGUCUGGCUGGUCCCUUGCAUGGUCUUGCAGCCCAAGAGGUUCUGCGUUGGAUUAUGGCUAUGCAGGACAACAUCGGCACCAAGUUUACAGAUGAGGAUGUCCGUAAAUACCUGUGGGAUACACUGAAGUCUGGCCGCGUUGUACCCGGCUAUGGACAUGGUGUGCUCCGCAAGCCUGAUCCUCGCUUUGAGGCUUUGAUGGACUUUGCCGAUUCCCGCCCGGAUGUUCUUGCCAACCCAGUGUUCCAGCUAGUGAAGAAGAACGCUGAAAUUGCCCCUGGUGUCCUUACUGAACAUGGAAAGACGAAGAACCCUCACCCCAACGUUGACGCUGCUUCUGGUGUUCUGUUUUAUCAUUAUGGAUUCCAACAGCCCUUGUACUACACCGUCGCCUUUGGCGUCAGUCGUGCUCUCGGUCCCCUGGUUCAGCUCAUUUGGGAUCGUGCUCUAGGUAUGCCCAUCGAGCGCCCCAAGAGCAUCAACCUCUUGGGCCUGCUCAAGAAAUAA